AGUUUGAUUGGUUGUUAACAUUUUUACUGUAUAAUCUAAGGUUAUAAAUGUAAUAUUUACAGGACAACAAUAAACCUAUAGGUUUGGUUUCUCCAGAAUUAGAAUAAUUUUACAUUAUGUUAGAUGCACAGACUUGUGCCAGCAUAGGUCAUUUCUUAAAUAAGUGUAAAAAAUGUUAUCAGAUGAGCAACAGAUCUGCUGAUCAGAACUCAAGCUUCACUUAUUAUUGGUUCUAUCUGGCAGUCCAGCUGUGUUCCUGAUCCUGUUUAAUAUUAUCUGAUGUCUAAGUGACCAGGUACCAACAGGACCUUGGAAAUUAGAGGGAAAAAUAUAUUUGAGUAGUUUAAUUUUAUCAUCAAAAAAGUAUAACCUGUACUUAAGAGGAUUGUUUAAAAACUUUACAUAACAUUCUGUCAUCCCUGCACUAAUGGUAGCAAGCUACGAUGUAGUCACAGCUACCUGGGGGCAGAGUGAUGGCAGGGAGGCUCCCAUGCACAGGCGUCACCAGCAGGCAAGGAGGGGAAGUGUCAUACCCAUAUCCAUCGAUGCAACCAUGUUUGUUUUGCUUCAACCUGGCGUUUUUGGUUGACGUCAGCAUGUUACUGCAUUUCAUUGGUUCUAAAUAUUUCUGUAUUUUGAGGUUAAUGCAUCUUUUGGCUUCUGACAAGAUGUAUUUUGGGGAGUUUCUGAUUUCACAAACACAUUCUCGCAACAAUUCUUCUAGCUUGCAAGGUAAGUACUCACUUGGUAUAUAUACCAUGUAAGUACUUAACUUGAAAAACUUAAAGGCCCUAUAUUAUGCAGAAUUAACUUUAUAAACAUUUUAUACCGGUCAGGCUUCAGUUUCCUUGUUUAUGAGGUUUACAAAUGAACCCCUUUCACAUCUCUCGCAUCAUUUCUCCUCCUGUGCGCAAAAUGUGCUGUUUGAAGAUCAAGCUUUAUGAUGUCAUCAGGGGAAAUACGCUGAACAGAACAGUCUGUAGCGUCCUAUCUGUAAAGCUAUGGCCUUCAUCUAAUGUUUUAUUUUGUGCUCCUGGGCUAUUUUUAUGAACUCUGAAUGGUUGUCAGGAUUGUUGGUUGUGCUUUCAGCUUUCAGGAGGACAGGGGCAUCCAAAGGGGAAAUCCAAAACAGCUUGUUUAGAAGAGGGUUGAAUAAGAAGACUUUUGGUAAAGACUGUCUGACUAAUCUGAGGGAAAUUUUCCUGCACAAAUGGCAGGAAAUAAAGUAUUUAAAAACAUGGGACCCAUUUAUUUCCCCAGAGUUGGGCUAACUGCAAGGGAUUCAUGUAGAAUUCCACAGACAAUCUCAAAUGAGUCCAACUUUCAGCCCGGUUGCAGUAGAUAUUUUCUAACAUAUAUGACAUAUUUUGUAUCGAGUAGAGGUAAAAGUAGAACAUAGCCAAAUUAACAUUUCCAUUUGGGACCCACUUACUUUACAGCCAAACGUAAAUCUGCUUUACAUAUUUUGAUCAAUUAACACUGUUAAACUGUUUUCAAAUGUGUACUGCUGCAACUGAAAACUGUUUGCUAUAAUUUUACUAGUUUUUAAAAUAGUUUUCUACAUUUCAUCUAAAGAGAACAGUUUGGACACCUUACAGUCUCUGAAAAACCAGCAGGGUCUUUGUUUUUCACAAAGGAAGUGAAAAGAUCAGGGUGUUUUUCAGUCAUUCGACGGUUGGACAGGAUGCUGGUAACACCGCUGUGUCUGAUGCUGACCUGUCUAAAGGUCAGCCCUGAUCGGUCCCAGUUCUUCCGCUAUGAAUCCAUCUCCCUAAGCUGUGAGGAUCCUUUGAACUCCACUGACUGGAAGGUAAAGAGGAAUACUUCUGAUAGCGGGGUCAGGCUCUGCUCCUCAGGCUGGGGAUUCGCCUCUUCAGGCUUCAGCUGCAUCAUUGGAAACACCUACCCAACAGACACAGGGGUCUACUGGUGUGAGUCGGAUGGACAGGAGCGAAGCAAUGUGGUCAACAUCACCAUAACUGAUCGUACAGUGAUUCUGGAGAGUCCUGUAAUGCCAGUGUCCGAGGGAGCUCCCGUGGUUCUACGCUGUAAAGCUGAGAAAAACAGUUCCAACCACAAAUACAACUUCUAUAAAGAUGGCCGCAUCAUCAGGAGUAAAACCUCUGGAGAGAUGAUAAUUUUCAGUGCUUCCAGAUCAGAUGAGGGACUCUACACCUGCAGCGCCUCGGGGCUUGGAGAAUCAGAAGGCAGCUGGCUGACAGUUUUGGGGGACUGGAAUGAUCAACAGAUUCAGCUCACACCUGGGACACUAUCUUCCUCAGCUCCACCCACAGCGCCAAUUUCAAUCCCUGCUUCCAGACUUUUGUGUCACCUGAUUGUAGGAAUACCAUAUCUAGUGUCCACCAUCCUACUCGGACUAAUAUACAGGGACAGGAAGAGAGCUGCUCGGAUGGUUGACAAGAGGGAAAAUGUUGAUAUUAUCAUGGAAAGGAUUGUGUAAGUCAUCUCCAGCACCCAUCACCCAGAGAGAAAGUGGUGUCUGUCCGACAUGAACUCAGAGAUUCUGAUGUAAAGAAAAAAUCAGGAUGUUUUUGGUGCUCAAGUAAAUGUUUAUAUAUAUCAUGAUAGGAUUUCAGUGUGAGAGGAAGAUUUCUUUUUAUGCUGAAGCACAUUUUAGAUGCAGAAUGCAUAUUUACUAUGAGGGGAAAGUUUGUCUUUGUUAAUCAAAAAAAGGUGUUAGUGGUUUUGAUCACGAACAUGCUGUCAUCAACUUUUUGUUAUGCUCCUCCUCUGUUUUCUCUAUGGACAUUUAGUCUGCAAACCAUGUUGUUGGAUUUUCUUUCAUUUUCAUUUUGUUUUAUUAAAACAAAAACAAGAGCUUAAUAGAAUAAUAGACAUUAAAUGUAAUGGUGUGCUGAUUUAGGUCUUUGACCCUCUAUAGGUCAGCUGUGGUUAGCUUGCUGAAAUGAAUGUUUGUGUGGUUUUUUUCUCAGAAGGCAGGAACAGUUUGUCCGCAAAUAAGCAGAAUUUAGGUUAUAACCCAUGACAACAUAAAAUGAAUGAUACACCUACACAUUCUACAAACAACAAAGAGAACUAUGUUUCAGUUUGGGCAUGUGCAGCCGAAUGGUUUAACUCAGGAGUGAUCCAGUUCAGUCCUCAGAGCUACUAUCCUGCAAAUUUUUUAUGCAACUUGUUUUUAAAACACCUGAAUAAAAUGAGUGGCUCGUUAUCAUGCAUUUGCUGAACUAAAUGAAGGGAUUGAGCCUAUAAUUUGGUGUAUUCGAGAAUAAGUUUAUCUAAAAGUUACUAGAUCAUAGCGCUUGAGGACUGGACUUUAACAGCUCUGGUUUAACUGAUGUCGGAAAUUAGUUUAUUCUGUGACUGAUAAUUACGUCAAACUUCUACUCUUAAAAAACUUGACUUCUUAAUUAAUGAAGAAUAGCUGUUUCAAGGAUGAUUUUAAAGCUAUCAUGUAUAAAAUAUUCAGAUUUUUUUGCUUUACAAUGUACAAGAUAAUCAAAAUCAUGCAUUUUGCAUACACUCUGUGUACACAAAAUGACAAUAAAGUUUGUAUAAGUCUAAGAUUCUAGAUAUGUUUUUUUUCUGUCAGUGAGGAGAAAAGGCAAAAUACCUUUUUAAGCUAAUACUGUGAAUUUGUUUGUUAAAAAUAAAAAGCCUUGUUUAAUUUUAAGCUGAAAACCAUCUGCCUUUAUCUAACUUUCUAACUAUCAUCCUCCUCUAUCACACCAACUCUCUAAGCUUGUCAAAUUCAUCCAUAAACCUUUUCUGUGUUUUUCUUCUUUUUGUCUUUUCCAAUAUCCUUGAUCCAACAUCUCCACUCUCCUGUCUGUAUCUCCCCAGAGGCCUAAAUUUAUCCACCUUCAGGACAUUUAUUCCUUUCAGCAUCAUUGCUUAAUCCUUUCUUCAUCCACAUUUCAUUUUCUUU